AUGCCUCUUAAGCGGAAUAAGCUAUUCUCAUGGAGGGAACUUUUAAUGAACCUCCCGCUCCUCUCCCCAUUUCGCCCUCUCCCCCAGCAGGCGGCGCAGCAGCGGCUGGAGGGGGGGUUGAGCCGCGAGCAGGCGGAGUUUGAGGCGAGCGUACGGGGGAAGAAGGCGGAAGGCGGACAGGCGGAAGGGGGAGGGGCGGAGGACCAGCGCCUGGCGCAGCUGGAGCAGGCGCACAUGCGCGCAAGGGGGAUAGUGGAGGCGGAGGGGGAAGAUGAGGGGGAAGGAGAGGCGGAAAAGGAGGGGGAAGGAAAGGCGGAGGCGGAUGGGGAAGGCGAAGCCGCGGAGAUCGCCAAAGCCGCGGAGAUCGCCAAAGCCGCGGGGAAAAGGAUUGCGCAGAGCUCAGGGGAGAAAGCUGGCGGAAAGGGUUUAACCGGGGUUGAGGGUUUAGCGGGGGCUAGCGGAGGGGUUGGUCUGGGGGGAGGGCGCAAAGGGGGAGAAAGAGGGGAAAUGGGAGAUGCUGACGUGGCGAGUGAGGCGGGAGAGAGUGUGGAGGGAGAGAAUGAGGCAAUGAGUGUGGAGUGGAGUGAGGGAGAGAGUGAGGGAGCGAGUGAGGGAGAAAGUGAGGGAGAGAGUGAGGAGCCGCCAGAGAGUCCUAAGGACAUCGGUACACGUGGCUUUAAUCUCCUUAAUGCUGCUCUUAGGAAGACUUAUGAUAAGGCAGGAACACCAGGAGGGAAGGGAGAAGGUAAGGGAAAUGGAAAGGGGGAUAACGCAGUGGAAGCCGGGAAAUCGGCAGGGAAAGGUGAACGGACAGGCGCAGGGGCAGGAGCAGGAGGAGGAGGAAGCGGAGGAGUUAAAGCUUCAGCCCCUGCUUUAAGUGCUGGUGGCGCGAGUUUGAGCACUGCCGGUCCUGCUAUGAGCACUGAGAGCCAGGGGAGUAAGCAGAGAGGGGGCAGAGGAGGGGGAGAGGGAGGGAGCAGAGAGGCAGGGAGCGGUAGGAAAGCAGUGAGUUCGCAAAAUAGAGGAGAUAUGGGGGGGCUAGCAGCAGGUUCAAAGCUUGGGGGAGUGGAAGAGGAGGAAGGGGGGGAAGGGGGAGAGGAGGGGGCGAACAGGGUGGCUGGAAGGGGGAGGGUGAGUGAGGGAGGGAGAGGGUCGGAACGAGAGAGGCAAUCAGAGGGGCUAAGUAAAGGUGGCGACACCAGCAGAGAUCUUUUGAGGGACAGGAUAAAGCGGGUGGGCACUAAAGGGAAGAAGAAGGCCGGAGCAAGAGGUUCGGGUGUGGCAGAUAUCUUCCCAGACGAAGCAGGUCCGGGGGAGGGAGGUUCGGCCCGGGCCGCGCCUCGGGAGGUCCGGUUUGCGGAUUUCGGGGGGAUCGACGGGGUGGUGGAGCAGGUUCGGGAGCUGAUCCUGUACCCGCUGGCGCAUCCGGAGCUGUACGCUUGGCUCGGCGUCGAGCCUCCAAGAGGGGUGUUACUCCACGGGCCUCCUGGGUGUGGCAAGACGAUGCUGGCUCAUGCCAUUGCACGGGAAGCGGGAGUGCCGUUUUUCAAGAUCGCUGCUCCUGAGAUUGUCUCGGGCAUGUCAGGCGCCUCAAAAGAUGGAGUGCCGUUCUUCAAGAUCUCUGCUCCUGAGAUUACUUUUGAGGCGCCUCAAAAGCCGUUCUUCAAGAUCUCUGCUCCUGAGAUUACUUUUGAGGCGCCUCAAAAGCCGUUCUUCAAGAUCUCUGCUCCUGAGAUUACUUUUGAGGCGCCUCAAAAGCCGUUCUUCAAGAUCUCUGCUCCUGAGAUUGUCUCCGGCAUCAUAGGAGUGUUGCUGCACGGGCCUCCAGCAGGGUGUGGCAAGACAAUGCUCACCCAGGCCAUUGCACGGGAGGCAGGAGUGCCGUUCUUCAAGAUCGCUGCUCCUGAGAUAGUCUCCGGCAUGUCAGGGGCGGGGUUGGUGGCUUCCAUUGCUGCAGCAGCAGCAGCAGCAGCAGCAGCAGCAGCAGCAGCAGCAGCAGCAGCAGCAGCAGCAGCAGAGGGAUUUUUCUCCACGGACGGACCUCCUGGGUGUGGCAAGACGAUGCUGGCCCAUGCCAUUUCCAGAGAGGCACGAGUGCCGUUCUUCAAGAUCGCUGCCCCAGAUAUCGUCUCGGGCAUGUCAGGUGAGUCUGAGGCGAAGCUACGGUCGCUCUUCUCCUCGGCUGAAAGGGCUGCUCCAGCCAUUCUGUUCAUCGACGAGAUUGAUGCCAUCACACCCAAGAGGGAGACGGCUCAGCGGGAGAUGGAGAGGAGGAUUGUUGCGCAGCUGCUGACGUGUCUUGAUGACCUCCAGUCAUCUCCUGACACGUCAGGGGAGAAGGCGGGGGAUGGAAGAGAGGAGAAGGAGAAGGAGCAGGGGAAAGGGAUGGAGGAAACGGAGAAGGAGCAGGAAGAGAGGGAGAGAGAAAGGGAGAGGGAGAAGAGGAGGAAGUUGAUAGGGCAUGUGGUUGUGAUAGGAGCAACAAACCGUCCAGAUUCAUUGGAUCCUGCGCUGAGACGGGCGGGCAGAUUUGAUCGCGAGAUCUCCCUGGGGAUCCCCGAUGAAUCAGCGCGGGCCCGGAUCCUGGAGGUACUUUCCAGGAAGCUGCGGCUGGAGGGGUCGUUUGAUUUCGGGGUUAUUGCGCGGCGUACCCCGGGGUUUGUCGGGGCGGAUCUGGCCGCUCUUGCGAAAGAAGCGGCGGCUAUUGCGGUGAAGAGGAUUUUUACGAGUAAGGAAGCGGUGCUGGUGGGUGGUGGGAGAUUGGAGGGAGCAGCAGGAACAGGAGUGGCGGCAAUGGCUGGAGUAGGGGAAGGAGGAGCAAUGGAAGUGACUGGAGUAGGGGAAAGGGGAGCAGGUGUUUUAGUAGCAGCAGCAGGAGAAGCAGCAGCAGCAGCAACAGCAGGAGCAGGAGAAGAAGGUGGUGACUGUAUGCUGAGUAGUGAGAGGCAUGGAGGUAUGCUCGCAGGCAUGUGCCUUGUGCAUACCAUCUGCAUCGAGGAAGAGGAGUUGCAGGCGCUGAGCAUCACAAUGGGGGACUUUGAGAGUAGUGAGAGGCAUGGAGGUAUGCUCGCAGGCAUGUGCCUUGUGCAUACCAUCUGCAUCGAGGAAGAGGAGUUGCAGGCGCUGAGCAUCACAAUGGGGGACUUUGAGAGUAGUGAGAGGCAUGGAGGUAUGCUCGCAGGCAUGUGCCUUGUGCAUACCAUCUGCAUCGAGGAAGAGGAGUUGCAGGCGCUGAGCAUCACAAUGGGGGACUUUGAGGAAGAGGAGUUGCAGGCGCUGAGCAUCACAAUGGGGGACUUUGAGGUGCGUUGGGGUGGUGGCAUAGUGAGAGGCAUGGAGAGUAGUGAGAGGCAUGGAGGUAUGCUCGCAGGCAUGUGCCUUGUGCAUACCAUCUGCAUCGAGGAAGAGGAGUUGCAGGCGCUGAGCAUCACAAUGGGGGACUUUGAGAGUAGUGAGAGGCAUGGAGGUAUGCUCGCAGGCAUGUGCCUUGUGCAUACCAUCUGCAUCGAGGAAGAGGAGUUGCAGGCGCUGAGCAUCACAAUGGGGGACUUUGAGAGUAGUGAGAGGCAUGGAGGUAUGCUCGCAGGCAUGUGCCUUGUGCAUACCAUCUGCAUCGAGGAAGAGGAGUUGCAGGCGCUGAGCAUCACAAUGGGGGACUUUGAGAGUAGUGAGAGGCAUGGAGGUAUGCUCGCAGGCAUGUGCCUUGUGCAUACCAUCUGCAUCGAGGAAGAGGAGCUGCAGGCGCUGAGCAUCACAAUGGGGGACUUUGAGAGUAGUGAGAGGCAUGGAGGUAUGCUCGCAGGCAUGUGCCUUGUGCAUACCAUCUGCCUCGAGGAAGAGGAGUUGCAGGCGCUGAUCAUCACAAUGGGGGACUUUGAGGAAGAGGAGUUGCAGGCGCUGAGCAUCACAAUGGGGGACUUUGAGAGUAGUGAGAGGCAUGGAGGUAUGCUCGCAGGCAUGUGCCUUGUGCAUACCAUCUGCCUCGAGGAAGAGGAGUUGCAGGCGCUGAUCAUCACAAUGGGGGACUUUGAGAGUAGUGAGAGGCAUGGAGGUAUGCUCGCAGGCAUGUGCCUUGUGCAUACCAUCUGCAUCGAGGAAGAGGAGUUGCAGGCGCUGAGCAUCACAAUGGGGGACUUUGAGAGUAGUGAGAGGCAUGGAGGUAUGCUCGCAGGCAUGUGCCUUGUGCAUACCAUCUGCAUCGAGGAAGAGGAGCUGCAGGCGCUGAGCAUCACAAUGGGGGACUUUGAGAGUAGUGAGAGGCAUGGAGGUAUGCUCGCAGGCAUGUGCCUUGUGCAUACCAUCUGCCUCGAGGAAGAGGAGUUGCAGGCGCUGAUCAUCACAAUGGGGGACUUUGAGAGUAGUGAGAGGCAUGGAGGUAUGCUCGCAGGCAUGUGCCUUGUGCAUACCAUCUGCAUCGAGGAAGAGGAGUUGCAGGCGCUGAGCAUCACAAUGGGGGACUUUGAGAGUAGUGAGAGGCAUGGAGGUAUGCUCGCAGGCAUGUGCCUUGUGCAUACCAUCUGCAUCGAGGAAGAGGAGUUGCAGGCGCUGAGCAUCACAAUGGGGGACUUUGAGAGUAGUGAGAGGCAUGGAGGUAUGCUCGCAGGCAUGUGCCUUGUGCAUACCAUCUGCAUCGAGGAAGAGGAGUUGCAGGCGCUGAGCAUCACAAUGGGGGACUUUGAGAGUAGUGAGAGGCAUGGAGGUAUGCUCGCAGGCAUGUGCCUUGUGCAUACCAUCUGCAUCGAGGAAGAGGAGUUGCAGGCGCUGAGCAUCACAAUGGGGGACUUUGAGAGUAGUGAGAGGCAUGGAGGUAUGCUCGCAGGCAUGUGCCUUGUGCAUACCAUCUGCAUCGAGGAAGAGGAGUUGCAGGCGCUGAGCAUCACAAUGGGGGACUUUGAGAGUAGUGAGAGGCAUGGAGGUAUGCUCGCAGGCAUGUGCCUUGUGCAUACCAUCUGCAUCGAGGAAGAGGAGUUGCAGGCGCUGAGCAUCACAAUGGGGGACUUUGAGAGUAGUGAGAGGCAUGGAGGUAUGCUCGCAGGCAUGUGCCUUGUGCAUACCAUCUGCAUCGAGGAAGAGGAGCUGCAGGCGCUGAGCAUCACAAUGGGGGACUUUGAGAGUAGUGAGAGGCAUGGAGGUAUGCUCGCAGGCAUGUGCCUUGUGCAUACCAUCUGCCUCGAGGAAGAGGAGUUGCAGGCGCUGAGCAUCACAAUGGGGGACUUUGAGAGUAGUGAGAGGCAUGGAGGUAUGCUCGCAGGCAUGUGCCUUGUGCAUACCAUCUGCAUCGAGGAAGAGGAGUUGCAGGCGCUGAGCAUCACAAUGGGGGACUUUGAGAGUAGUGAGAGGCAUGGAGGUAUGCUCGCAGGCAUGUGCCUUGUGCAUACCAUCUGCAUCGAGGAAGAGGAGUUGCAGGCGCUGAGCAUCACAAUGGGGGACUUUGAGAGUAGUGAGAGGCAUGGAGGUAUGCUCGCAGGCAUGUGCCUUGUGCAUACCAUCUGCAUCGAGGAAGAGGAGUUGCAGGCGCUGAGCAUCACAAUGGGGGACUUUGAGAGUAGUGAGAGGCAUGGAGGUAUGCUCGCAGGCAUGUGCCUUGUGCAUACCAUCUGCAUCGAGGAAGAGGAGUUGCAGGCGCUGAGCAUCACAAUGGGGGACUUUGAGAGUAGUGAGAGGCAUGGAGGUAUGCUCGCAGGCAUGUGCCUUGUGCAUACCAUCUGCAUCGAGGAAGAGGAGCUGCAGGCGCUGAGCAUCACAAUGGGGGACUUUGAGAGUAGUGAGAGGCAUGGAGGUAUGCUCGCAGGCAUGUGCCUUGUGCAUACCAUCUGCCUCGAGGAAGAGGAGUUGCAGGCGCUGAGCAUCACAAUGGGGGACUUUGAGAGUAGUGAGAGGCAUGGAGGUAUGCUCGCAGGCAUGUGCCUUGUGCAUACCAUCUGCAUCGAGGAAGAGGAGUUGCAGGCGCUGAGCAUCACAAUGGGGGACUUUGAGAGUAGUGAGAGGCAUGGAGGUAUGCUCGCAGGCAUGUGCCUUGUGCAUACCAUCUGCAUCGAGGAAGAGGAGUUGCAGGCGCUGAGCAUCACAAUGGGGGACUUUGAGGAAGAGGAGUUGCAGGCGCUGAGCAUCACAAUGGGGGACUUUGAGGAAGAGGAGCUGCAGGCGCUGAGCAUCACAAUGGGGGACUUUGAGAGUAGUGAGAGGCAUGGAGGUAUGCUCGCAGGCAUGUGCCUUGUGCAUACCAUCUGCCUCGAGGAAGAGGAGUUGCAGGCGCUGAGCAUCACAAUGGGGGACUUUGAGAGUAGUGAGAGGCAUGGAGGUAUGCUCGCAGGCAUGUGCCUUGUGCAUACCAUCUGCAUCGAGGAAGAGGAGUUGCAGGCGCUGAGCAUCACAAUGGGGGACUUUGAGGCAGCAGUGGCGAAGGUGCAACCGAGCGCCAAGAGGGAGGGAUUCACCACCAUCCCCGGAGUCACUUGGGACGACGUGGGGGCUCUGGCAGACGUGAGAGAGGAGCUGGAGUUUUCGAUUUCUCGGCCGAUCAAGUACCCUGAGGAGUAUGAGGCCAUGGGGCUCCGAGCAGCAACAGGCAUCCUCCUCUACGGCCCGCCAGGGUGUGGCAAGACGCUGGUGGCCAAGGCGAUUGCCAACGAUGCUGGGGCGAAUUUCAUAUCCAUCAAGGGACCAGAGCUACUCAACAAGUACGUGGGGGAGAGUGAGCGGUCGGUGAGGCAGCUGUUUGGGCGGGCAAGCUGGUUCAAAGGCACCCCAAAUCUCUCUUCUCUUCCGCGCUCUACUUUUUUUCCUUUCUUCCCUCCUUUCCCUCUUCACCGAUCAGGGACCAGAGCUGCUGAACAA